CUUCUUUGCCGAGCCAACUAAACCUCCCCUCCCCGGCCGAGACUUUUCUAACCUAUCGUGGGUGUUUCCUCCCUACGACCUCACAAUGUUUUACUCCAGAACAAUUGGCUUCCCACCCACCUUUUAAUACCCCAACCAUCCCUUCCUCCCGCCCCGCCAUUACCUGCUUUGCUCAAGCUCAAUUAGCUUAACCCUCUGCCGAUCGAGGUGCAUACAUACGACGGUGGAAAUAUGGGGAACCUGGUCUCGGCGGCUGGAGCGAAGAGCGGCGGAGGGAAGGUGGUGAUGGCGGACGGGAGCGUGCGGGCGCUGAGCGAGCCGGUGUCCGUGGCGGAGCUCAUGAUGGACCACCCGCGCCACUUCGUCGUCGACGCGCACGCGCUGCGGCAGCAGGAGAAGCACCAUCAGCAGCAGCGGAAGGCCGCCACCAAGGUCGCGCCGCUGCCGGCCGACCACGUUCUGGGCGCCGGCGGGGUGUACGUCCUGCUGCCGGCCGUCCGCGGCAAGGUGUCGGCCGACGAGGCGCGGCGCGUGCUCGCCUCGGCGUCGCUGGCGCGGUCAAGGUCGAUGCCUGGCGAGCUGAGGAGGAAGCUCUCGUUCAGGAAGAGCCGGGAAGAGGCCGGUGACGAGCGGUCGGCGCCGUUGGCUGAAGUGGAUAGGACGGAAGAGACGGAGGCGAUCUCGGCGGAGGGUUUCGAGGAGCUCCGACCGGAGUUCUUGAGCCGGGAGCUGUCGAUCAGGGGGUGGAAGCCGAGCCUAAACACCAUCGAAGAGCGUGUCAUGCCCAAGAAGGUGUCCCAUUGGCUCUUCUGAAUUUCUCUCCUCCUGAUGGAUGAGGAGCCGGGGUAGGCUUAAUUUGACUUUGUCGUCGAAAUUUUUCUUCACUUCUCUUUCUUUUUUCGAAUGCUUGUCGUCAAAUCCUAUGUAACGAAAAGGCAUGGAACAUGCACGUGAUGAGAUAGCACAAGUGAAAUUUCCCGUGUAAUUAUAUGUUGUAUCAGUUAGAUGUUUGGAGCGUGUGCUAAUCGACAGCCUUGUUGAUCGAUGAGGAAAUUAAUCGGAAUGAAGGGCCUCCUUUUUAUUA